AUGGCGGCUCCCUGGACAUGGAGGCUCGACCCCUCCUCUGGCUCCGCAUCAGUGCUGGGGCCUUCUCCUUCCUCCAUUGCCGUCAGUGCUGAUCCGCUCUCGGCACUGGCGCACUCAACCGACGCCGCAUCGGCAGACGAUAUUGUCUGGCACGACUUUCGCCCCCCACCACGCCCCACAGCCGCACGGCAAGCACGCAAAAGGGCGAGACUGAAUCGCUUCGACUCUGACGAUGACGAGGAUCUCGAUCAGACCCUGCGUACUGUGCCAAGUACCCACAAUCACGCCGGCGCUGUUCCUGGUCCGUUGGCUGAGCUUGACGCCAAAGAGGCUCGAGAGGACGAAGAUGCCGGAAUGGCUAGCACUUCCAGCUCGGACUCGGAAUCGAACGACGAGGAUACUCCGCUCCCCCGACCAGGAUCAAGCCAAGCUUGCUUGCUGCAGGGCGAGACCCGCAAGCCCGAUACCUCUUCGCAAAGAGCACCUAAACCGACACGAACCAGCUCGGAAGACGCCUUUGCGCAGUCUACACGGCUCAUGGCGCACACCAUCUACACGUACAGCCUUGCUGACGCAAAGCGUGCCGAGAAGACAGAUGCGCCAUCACCACUGACGUACAAAGAGACGGUGCGACUUGUGCGUCUCAUCGCCAUGAUCUUCCGCUUCCCAAAGCCGUCUCGUCGUGUCAGUCGGCAACACACCGACUCGGUCGACAUCGCCUCCCCACCACCGUCUUCAUCGAGUGGGUCCACACCGACGCUAGCUGUCAAGGACGAAAGCGACGAUGAAACGAUCAAGAUCGAGCUCAAGCCCAAGUACCUUGCGUCAGCUUCGGGUGGUGGGUCGCGCAGGCCGCGUAUGCUGGCGAGGGUGCAUCCGGAAGAUACGCGCAUGGAUUCGGCUGCGGUGCUCAAGUUGCUGGCGCUGGUGCCGUCUGCGCUUCCUGCGCGCGUGGAGGAUGCGGCGUGGAUUGCGGGUCUGGCCGUGCGUGCACGCCGCGACGAGUACGGCAACAUCCUACUUCCCCACGCCGCCUACGCUCCUGCUCAGCCCGCAGACACCCACACGGGCAGCACAAAUAGCAAAGAGGAGAAUGAGGGCCCGCAGAAGGUGACGCGCUCGCUCGUGCACAAGCUCGGCAGGGAGCCACCAGCCAUCCCUCUGCCCCAGUUCUGGCGUCGUCGUUCGCCCUCCGCAUCCAUGCAGGAGUUGGACUGCGAGGAGGAGAAUGCCGCGGAAAGGUCGCUUUUGCAGGCCGAGGUAGAGGUGGAGGCGCUUACUGCCAUUGCGACCCCGCAGCAGGAUGCCCUUACUACAGAGAAAAGGGGAAGGAGUGUGGUGAAUCUGUCUAGGGUGCUUGCCGAUCGCAUGCGCGAAAAGCGCCAGGCCAAAACGCUGCUACUGCGCACCCACCCUACACUGCGCAAACGACGCACUGCCCAACCGCCGAGCGAGGCAGUGCAGCAUGCAGAGAAUGAGGCGGAUGCACUCACUGCCGCCAACACCGCUGCCAACGCUCUUUCGGGCGCACACCUACCACUGCCCGACCAUGUAGACUAG